AUGCAAGCGGUGUUCUACCACGAACCACGGAACUUCGAAGUCCGAGAAGUAGCAGUACCGAAGGAUAUUUCAGACGAUGAAGUGCUGCUCAAAGUGCGGGCAUGCGGUGUUUGCGGGACCGAUAACCAUGUUCACGAAGGGGAGUUCAUUGCGGCCUUCCCGCUUAUCCCGGGACACGAAGUUGUCGGCGAGAUUGCUGUUGUAGGCAGCAAAGUAUCGGACUUCGCUCCGGGAGAUCGUGUCGUCGCAGACCCUAGCAUUACGUGCGGGACCUGCUUCUACUGUCGCCGCGGGAAGCCACUGCUCUGCGAAAACUACAAAGGCGUAGGCAUCAACAUCGCGGGUGGAUUCAGCGAAUACGUGAUCUUUAAGUCAACGAAAGUAUACAAGAUCCACAACCUUACCGACGAAGAAGCCACGCUCGUCGAGCCCGCCGCCUGCGCCGUGCACGGCAUGGAUCAGCUCGACGCUCCGGUCGGCGUCGACGCGCUCAUCAUCGGCGCGGGGCCCACCGGCCUGAUCCUCGCGCAGCUGCUCAAGCUGAACGGCGCCGCGCGCGUCGUCGUCGCCGCGAACCAGGGCGUCAAGAUGGACGUCGCGAAGCAGCUCAACGCCGCGCACGAGUACGUCGAGCUCGACCGCGCGGCGCCCGAGGCGCAGUGGGCCGCGCUGAAGGAGGCGAACCCGCAUGGUUUCGACGUCGUGGUCGAGGCGACGGGCCAGGAGAGCGUCGUCGGCGACGCGAUCAACUACGUCCGCCGCGGAGGCACGCUCAUGGUGUACGGGGUGUACAGCAACGACGCGCGCGUCCACUGGCCGCCGAGCAAGAUCUUCCAGGACGAAAUCAAGAUCAUCGGCUCCUUCGCGCAGAUGUUCUGCUUCCCGCGCGCCGUCGCCUACCUCGACUCGGGCAAGAUCAGCGUCAAGGGCAUGGUCACGGACGUGUUUACGGUGCCCGAAUACGCGCAGGCGCUCGAGAAGAUGCGGAGCAGGACCGCGGUGAAGAUCGCGGUGAAGCCCUCAGCAAGUACUUGA